GCCUCAUUCAUGAAACGUUAGUAGAUUUGUGCGUAGAUUUGCACAUAAAAGCCUACGCUACUAAAAACCUACUCCGGAUUCAUGAACGCCGCGGGAAACUCAGAUCUGAUCGUAAACACGUGUGUAUGAUCAUGAAUGCCAAUCCAUCGUAAGGUGGCAGCGCGCUCCCGAUAAUCAGCAAUUAGCAUGAACCCCGCCCAUGAAUUGCUAAUGACCACCAUAUAAGGAGGUGUGUAGAGGCAUCCUGUCAACCUGUCAGUCAUGGCACAAAGAAAAAAAGAGCGAGAAAGAAAAAAGAAUUUUUCCGAAGCGGAGAUUGAAGUUAUUUUGGGAGAAGUGGAGUCCAAAAAAAAUAUUUUAUUUUCAUCUGUUAGUAGUGGUGUGACAGGGACAGGCAAAGCAAAAGCGUGGAGGGAGGUGACGGACGCAGUAAAUGUGGUUUCUGUAGUGCAAAGAACUACAGCAGAGGUUAAACGUAAAUGGUUUGACAUUAAACUUGACGCAAAGAAACGCAUUAGCGCACACAAAAAAAGUGCAUCUGCCACAGGAGGAGGACGCUCAGAGUCCAAAUUGUCAGUUGCAGACGAGCGCAUCGCUGGGAUCAUUGGUGAGACGUCUCUGUCAGGAAUUAUACCUGAAGGAGACAGCGACAUGCCUGCACUGGAGUCAACAUCAGACGCUGGCGAGUGCUCCUCCCAUGAUGUGGCCUUUCCUGCUUCUGCUGCCUCUGCUGCCUCUACUCCUCCUGCUGCCCCCGCUGCCUCUGCUGCCCCCAGGUACCGAGGCCGAAGAGGUGAUCCGCCUGUCCUCACAGAAGAAGUCCUGAGGAAUCAAGAGGCUUUGCUGUGCCGUUCCGUUGGUCCGCAGAAGCUGAGAAGGCGAUUUACCACGGCUCCCAUUCUCACCCUACCAGACCCACAGCGCCAAUUCGUAGUGGAGGUCCAUGCGUCGAACGAAGGAGUGGGGGCAGUAUUAUCCCAGCGGUCGGAGCGCGACAGCAAGAUGCAUCCCUGCGCCUUCCUGUCAAGAUGGUUGUCCAGAGCAGAACGCAACUAUGAUGUCGGCAAUCGAGAACUACUGGCGGUAAAACUGGCUUUGGAGGAGUGGAGACAUUGGCUGGAGGGGGCCGAACAUCCAUUCAUUGUCUGGACAAAUUACAAAAGAAACAUCGAAACAUCAAGCCCGACGUCUUGUCCCACCUGUUCGAUCCUGAGCCUGAGACCAAGCAACCUGAAACUAUCCUUCCACUGA